AUGUUAGAACUGCGAACAAAAGAAGACUUAAAGUGUGAAACUGAACUUACAAAGAAUAUUAUAAUUAUUGACAAACAUAAGCAAAAAGACGGAAAUAUCAGCAGUGUGGAAGAAAAAGAAAAUAGUUCUAUUGUUUCUUGGAAAAAUUCCAUUGACUUAAAUGACCCAUGCACUUGGUUUCCAAUUUCGGAUAAAAUUAAAUGCUACCUUAUCAGCAAAGAACCAGAUCAAGGAAGAAAUGUUAAUUUUGAAGUAAGUGCACGAGAUUGUGGCAACGGCACAAUAGUAAAAUUUAAUCCUAGCUGGUUCGACAAAAACAAGAAAAACGGUGAAAAAAUGUCGCGUACAUGGCUCAUCUAUUGUAAAAAAAGACAAUGUUUGUAUUGCUUUCCUUGCUUACUAUUUGAAACUGAUCAAUUGUCAAAAUUUAGUAAACCUGAAGAAGGCUUCUUUAAUUGGAAGAAAUUAAAUCCCAAAAUUUUUGAGCAUGAAAACAAACCGGCUCAUCGAACGAACUAUUUGAAAUGGCAAAAGCUGAAAAGUGAUUUAAAAAUGUCAGCAUCCAUAGACCGAGACUUGCAACAACAAAUAUUGACCGAGAAAGAAAAAUGGCGUCAUGUUUUAAAAGCUAUUGUUGAAACUGUUUUAUUCUGUGCUCAAAAUAAUAUCGCUCUGAGAGGACAUGGACAACUGGGAGAAAAAGACUGCGGUAUUUUUUUAAAUCUUAUAGAACUUAUUAGUCGACACGAUAAAAUUCUUGCGGAACAUCUUUCAAACAAUAGACGCGUUACUUAUCUUUCACCACAAAUACAGAACGAAUUUAUUCAUUUGCUGGGAGAGUACGUUCGUGAAAAAAUUAUCAGUGAUAUAAAAGAAGCAAAAUAUUUUACCAUAAUCUUUGACUGCACCCCAGACAUCUCCCAUGUAGAACAGAUGUCUCAAGUUAUUAGAUAUGUUGAUAAGGAAUGUAAUAUUCGCGAAAGUUUUAUUGAUUUUAUUGAUACUGUAGACAAAACAGGAGAGGGUUUGGCGCAAGUUAUAUUAGAAAAAUUAAAACACGACGGUCUAGAAAUAGAAAACUGCCGCGGUCAGGCUUAUGAUAAUGGGGCGAAUAUGGUCGGUAAAUAUAAAGGUGUCCAAAGUCAUAUUUUAAGUAUUGAAAAGUUUGCUAAAUUUAUGCCGUGUGUUGCUCAUAAAUUGAAUUUGGUUGGUGUUCAUGCUGCAAGUGUUUCAGUAGAAAUGGUAAACUUUUUCGGUAUCGUGCAGCAGAUUUACGUCUUCUUUUCUGCAUCAACAACGCGCUGGGAUUUAUUGACAAGUAAAUAUAAACAUAAACUGACUUUAAAGUGA